AGAAACAUAGACACAGACGCCACCUACCUCCAUGUGUAAUGAUUGUUUUGACGAUGUACAGGAUUAUGCCGGAAACAUAAAAUAUUGGAUAUCAGUUUGUUCCUUUGCUACCUUCGAUUUCUACCCUUCUUGUUGUGCCCUAAUUCAGCAUUGUCUAAACCCAUAAUAACGCGGCCUCGACGCUCAGUAGGAGAAUGCACGCUGAGAGGAACCAAGUAAAAGAAAUGUUCCCUCUUCCACAACAGAUGUGACACUGGGAAGAAGCUCUAGGAAGCAUCACUCGUCUUGUAUGCAUGCAGACCAUUGACCUUUACACAUUGGAGUUCCAGAUUACCGUUAAGUCACAAGUUUGAUACAGACUUCCCACUUUUCUUCUCCAGCUGCCGUAGAAUGAUGUUACAGGGUGCAGCCCAGUAACAGAGCCAGGGUUUUGCGACCAAGUAUGUCCUGGCGAGCAGCAUGGAGGACGCUGUGAGCCGUGAGUCCGUCACCUCGUCGACCAGCGAAGAGUUUGUGGUUGUGAAUGGGGAGCCGCGUCUAAAGGUGGCGUCAGACGUGGAAGACAUCACAGAAGAGAUUGCCAGCGCUGCGGGCCACGAGACGACCAGCAUGUCUGAGGGUGCUGACGUCAGCGAGCCCUGUGAGCAUGUGAUCCCCGGGAGCCAAUCGGUGAAUAUCCUGAGCUCAGACUCCAUCCUGGAAAACUACCCGGAAACACCCAGCGAGGAGGACAGGCCAGACCGGGGUCGCUCCACAUCCCUGCCCAUCAUUCCCAGUGGUGACUGCACCAUCUUCAAUGGUGUCACUUACCUGGGCUGCGCCAUGGUGAACGCGCCACGCAGUGAGGUGGAGAUCUACCGCAACAUGUCCGUUCUGAACCAGCACAGCCAGAUGUCUAUUCCCGUCGCCUUGUCCGUCCCGGCCACCUCGGAAGGCAUUGUCAGCAAAGGUGGAGAUCUAUUGCGACUGCUGGAGCCAGCCAAGCCAGACACGGAUAUCGCCAGCUUCCGCAUCCACCGCAUCCUGUUCUGUGCCCGCGGCCCCAGCGAGACACCAGAGCGACAGUGCUUCGCCUUCACGUGUAGCCACGGCGACAGCGCCGAGAACGCUAUCUUCCAGUGUCACGUGUUCCGCUGUGAUAUUCCUGAGGCUGUUCCAAAAAUCCUCUACUGUUUUGCCAACACGUUCCGCCGGGUGCCGAAACCCCACAAGCCACCAGGUGGCACCACCAGCAAUGCCGAGCUGGAGUUCUCCUUCUCUGUCAGCUUGGACUUCCGCGAGGAUGAUGGCAAGGGCAACUACUCAGCCUGCCCCAAGGACAAGGAUGUGUUCAAGUUUAGGUGCAACACGGAGAAACGUCUGCAGAUCUCGGUACAGCAGUCGGGCCCCCACGACCUCAGGAUUGAGCGGUGCUUUGGCCUACUUAUCUCCCCUGGUCGUAAUGUCCAGCACAGCGACAUGCAACUCAUUGAACUGGUGUCGAUGUCGUAUGCUGCAGACAGCAAGGCCUAUAACAUCACCGGGCACUGGGACCCCUCGGAGAAGUGUUUUGCCAUCCUCAACACAGAGACGGAGAAAGACUCUCGCGUGUUUCUGACCAUUGCCGUGGACCUGGUCCUGCUGGGCAUCCAGGAGCCUGUGCGGUUUAUUCUGGAGACCAAGGCCAAAAUCUUCCAGAGUUCAGAGCGCUUCUGGUACCUGAGUCGCCGGGGCUUCAGUGAGCAGUUCAACCUUACUCUCAAACAGGUGGAAGGUGCCGGGGACGGCAUCAAGUACUACGAGGUUGUCAAGGUGGAGAGCCAGACGGAAAUUGACCGCCGCACUAACGGCCUGUCCUUGAACCUGAGCGGGACCAACCGGGCCCCGCCUGAGUCCAUCAAGACGCCGCAGGAGGAGGAAGAGUCCGAUGUUGAUGAGCCUCUGCUGAGCGGCUCAGGUGUGGUGAGCAAAGAGGUUACUGAUGAGAACCUUUUGGAAGCAUGGGCCGAGGUGCUCACCCGCUGGCAUCAAAACCUGGCCACCCGACCUCGCCAAGUGACGGGACUGGUUCGCAAGACGGUGCCGGAGGCGCUGCGAGGGGAGGUGUGGCAGUUACUGGCCGGCUGUCACGAUACGCAGAACUUGUUGGAGGCUUACCGUGUGCUUAUCACAAAGGACUCCAGCUCAGAUGCUGUGAUUCAGAGAGACAUUAACCGAACAUUCCCCGCCCACGACUUUUUCAAGGAUGCUGGAGGUCAAGGCCAAGACUCACUGUACAGAAUUAGCAAGGCUUACUCUGUGUACGAUGAGGAGAUCGGCUACGUGCAGGGGCUGUCCUUCCUGGCUGCUGCUCUCCUGCUGCAUAUGCCGGAGGAGCAGGCGUUCUGUGUGCUGGUGAAGAUCAUGUACGACUACCAGCUGCGGGAACUGUUCAAGCAGGGCUUUUUGGAGCUGCACCUGCGCUUCUACCAGCUGGAGAGACUCAUGCAGGACCAGCUGCCUGACUUGUACAGCCACUUUGCAGAGAUGGGUCUGGAGAUCCACAUGUUUGCCUCCCAGUGGUUCCUCACUCUCUUCACGGCAAAGUUUCCCCUGCACGUCGUGUUUGGCAUCCUGGACCUGUUCCUGAGUGAGGGUCACAUGAUCAUCUUCUGCGUGGCACUAGCUCUGCUCAAGUCGUCAAGAAAAGAACUUCUGGCGCACGACUUUGAAGGUGUUCUCAAGUACUUCCGGGUCCACCUUCCCAAGAAGUACCGAGGGGAGGAAUCGGCCAAGGAGCUUAUGAGGCUUGCCAUCAGCAUGAAGGUUAACAACCGCAAGCUGAAGAAGUACGAGAAGGAAUAUCAGACGAUUCAGGAGCAGAACAUGCAGGAGGAGGAUCCCAUUGAGAGGUUUGAGCGGGAGAACAAGCGUCUGAUCGAGGCCAACAUGCGUCUGGAGCAGGAGAACGAUGACCUGGCCCACGAGCUGGUGGACAGCAAGCUCUACCUGCGCAGCCAGAUCGACACGCUGGAGGACAAGUGCACCCUGCUGGACAGAGACUACACCCAGACUAGCAAGUUGUUGAAGGAGACGGAGGACGAGAAGAAAAGGCUGGACGCCGAGUCCAAACAGCUGAAGGAAAUGUGUCGUCGGGAGCUGGAGCGUGCAGAGAGUGAGUCCACGCGCAACUCGGCCAUCAUCGCAGACUACAAACAGAUCUGCACCCAGCUGAGUGAGAGACUGGAAAAGCAACAGACAUCCUACAAGGAAGAGUUGCAGAAGAUCAGGUGCCAGGUGAAGUCGUGUGAGAAGUGCUGCUCCGUGUUUGACGGGGACAAGAUCCGACCGCUGGACAACAUGAAGGAGAAGGAGGAGGACCCGGACGUCACAGAGCUGCAGAAACAGAUCCGCGAGCUGGAGCUAGAGCUGGCACAGACCAAACUGGCGCUGGUGGAGUCGGAGUGCAAGACCCAGGACCUGACCCACCAGCUGAGCGCCGCCGUCUCAGAGAUCUCGGCCAACAAGAACACCUGGUUCCAGAAGACUCUGAGCUCCAUCAGGGACGUCGCCUCCAACAAGAAGGAGCCCAAGGAUUGAGGAUAGAUCUCUCACCUCUCUUUCUGUCUCUCUCAGAGACUCUCUCUCUCCCUUUCUUUCUCUUUCUGCCACUCUCUUUUUUUUUCCUUCUCUUUCUCGCUUCUCAUCUCUCGCU